GAAUAAAAACAUUCGUUAAUGUUUGAUCUGAGUUUUUUUUUGGGUUUUUUUGAUUUUUGAAAAAAAAAACAAAAAAAAAAUUUUUUUUCAGUAUCCAAAAAAAAUAAUCAAUAAAUAUAUAGAUCCUAUUGAUCUAAUCACUAUCCAAAAAAAGGAAAUGAAUUAAAAAGAACCUUUUGACAAUAUUUAAAUAUCAAUGAAUGAUGUCCAAUUGUGAAGGUACAACAGUUAGUAACUAUCAUGAUUUAUAUAUAUCAGAGAUACAAUCUAUUGAUCAAUUAUCAAAUCAUAUUAAUGAAGAAAAUAAAAUGAAAAAAGAAUAUUGGAAAGGAAAAAUUGAUUUUUUUAUUGCAUGUUUAGGAUUUUCAAUUGGACUAGGUAAUGUAUGGAGAUUUCCAUAUUUAUGUUAUAAAAAUGGUGGAGGUGCUUUCCUUAUCCCUUAUUUCAUCAGUGUAUUGUUAGCUGGUAUACCAUUAUUUCUAUUAGAAGUAACUGUUGGACAAUUAACACGUCAUGGAGUUAUUGCUGCAUGGAAUAUCUGUCCAUUAUUUCAAGGUAUUGGUUAUGCAUGUACUCUGAUUAACUUCUUUCUCAAUUGCUACUAUACUGUCAUAUUGACAUGGGCAUUUCAUUAUAUUUUCUCAUCAUUCACCAAUGAAUUACCAUGGACAAAAUGUGAUCAAUCAUGGAAUACACCAGCAUGUCGAGUUUUUACAAGUCGGCCAAUAAAUUCAAGUACAAUUGAGAAUACUACUAAAUUUAGUAAUUUAAGCUUCAUAACAGUCGAUUCAACUACAGAAUAUUGGGAGUAUCGUGUAUUGAGUAUAUCGGAUGGUAUACAUAAUAUUGGAACAAUACAAUGGGAUUUAGCUUUAUGUCUUCUAUUUACUUGGAUUAUUAUAUAUUUAUGCAUAUGGAAUGGAAUUAAAUCAUCAACUAAAAUUAUGUAUGUGACAGCACUUUUACCAUAUGGAUUUAUGAUUAUAUUAUUAAUACGUACUGCAUUACUUGAUGGUGCUUUAAAUGGAUUAAUUCAAUAUUUAAAACCGAAUUGGUCAAAAUUAACAGAUAUGACUGUAUGGUCGGAUGCAGGAACUCAAAUAUUUUUUAGUUAUAGUCUUGGUUUAGGUGUAUUAACUGCUUUUGGUAGUUAUAAUAAAUUUCAUCAUAACUCUUUACGAGAUUGUUGCCUAUUUGCAUUAGUUAAUACCUUCACUAGUUUACUAUCUGGAUGUGUUAUAUUUUGUACACUUGGUUAUAUGUCAUAUAUAUCAAAUAUACCAUUAAAUGAAAUUGCUGAAUCUGGUCCUGGACUUGGUUUUAUUGUAUAUCCUAAAGCAAUUGGUACAAUGCCUGGUAGUCCAUUUUGGUCAAUAUGUUUCUUUAUUAUGAUUAUCUUAUUAGGUAUUGAUAGUAUGUUUGCUGGAGUUGAAGGUUUUAUUGUAGCUGCUGGAGAUUAUUUUCCUUAUAUUUUAAUGAACAAAAAGUAUCGUUGUAUCUUUGUCGGUUGUGUAUGUAUUGUAUCAUAUUUUGUUGGAUUGUCAAUGGUCACUAAUGGUGGAAUGUACGUAUUUCAAUUACUUGACUAUUACAGUGGAAGUCGUAUCAUACUGAUUGUGGGGUUGUUAGAAUCAUUAGUCAUUGGAUACAUUUAUGGUUACAAACGUAUUUCAAAUGAUAUGGAAAUGAUGUAUGGAUUCUCAUUAAAAUGGAUUGUAUGCUUAUUCUGGUGUAUAGUAACACCUAUAUUUACUUUUGCUCUUUUCAUUAUCAGCGUUAUUGUCUAUGAAGAACUAACUUAUAAAAGGGCAUCUAUUCAUGAACCAUAUCGAUUUCCAGGAUGGGCUGUGAAAGUUGGUUGGCUUAUAGCUAGUUCAAGUGUACUUUUAAUACCACUUGUAAUGAUUAUUAAAAUUUUCCAAACAUCAGGAACAUUUAUACAGGUAAGUUGUGAAUUAUUUCUCUUUUCAGUUCCUUUUUUGAUGAUGAUAGAUCCAACACUGGUUUUAAAAUGUCUAAGUCAUUCAAUUGAAACCCAUCCGGAAUCGAAGAAAGUCAAUCAGAAUGUAGGUAUAGUAGUUAUUUAUGAAAUAGCAACCAAAAAUUCCAACAGGAAUUAGAUUUUUAAAAUGUAGUUCCUCUCGGAGGUUUAUCAGUUACAUUUAGACGGAGAUUUAUUAUCAAACAAGAUGUUAUUCUUUGAAUAAUCUGUUGAUAAUCAUCGGAAACCGACAAUAGCGAUUAGUAUGGACUAUUGAUUAAAGUAUAUAGAUAGUGUUGUAUAUUAUCCAAGCUUAAACUAAAACUAUAUAAAAUUACUGAAAUCUCCACAAAUCCCCCUGGCUUCAUGAGAUAUUUAUGGAGUUCUAGUGAGAAGCAGUAACCAGUGUAGUUCAACCAGGUCUGUUGGGCGAUGUCAACUCACUGAAGACAUUAGUGAAUGGUUGCUCAAUUUCAUGGAUUAGUUGAAGUUAGACAUUAUACCGUUGGAUGCUUUAUUUUGGCUUUUAGAUUAUUAUGAUACGAUUUACCAUUCUUGAUUAAUGGCUAGUCUAUUAAUUACAGUCUCCCACGUUCACAGCCACCUUUUGGCUAGAUCUUGUUUAAAUGUUAUUUUUUAAUUUAUGGUAUGAUGUGUUCUAUUGGGCUAGUAUAUAAACCCAGUAAGUUUGAGAUAUAUGAUUCAUAUAGUGAAAGCUGAUAUUAGUAUUCUGGGCUAACCUGGAAAAGCUAAGAGGACAAAGGAUUAAUAAUGAUGCUAGACUGCUCGUACCAGUCGAACAUCAUUAGUUUAGCAUAUUACUAAGACUGGACAAGUCAUAUUUCGAUUAGCAAAUAAAUCAUGUGAUAAUUAUCUGGGCUUAAAGUCACACCGGCAAAGCAAGGGCAGCAUUUCUACAAUUGAAGAACAUAUGGAACUCAACUGUCAACUAAUUUCAAAGUGAGAAUCUUCAAUACGAACGUCAAGACAGUCCUACUGUACGGAGCUGAAACGUGGAGAACUAAAACAUCCAUCGUCAGGAGAAGAUAAAAAGUAUUUAUAAACAGAUAUCUACGCAAAAUGCUCAACAUCCAUUGGCCGGAUACUAUCAGCAACAGCGUUUUAUGGGAGAGGACAAACUAGCUUCCAGCUAGGGAGGAAAUUAGAAAAAGACGUUGGAAGUGGAUCGGACAUAUUGUGAGAAAAUCACCAAACUGCGUCACGAUGCAAUCCUCAACUUGUAAUGGUGAAGGGAAGCGGAAAAUCGGAGGGCCGAAGAACACACUAUGUCGGUAAUUGGAAAACAAAGAUGAAAAGGAUAAAUAACAACUGGAAAGAACUGGAACGGGUUGCCCACGACAGAGUUGGAUGAAGAAUGCUGGUGUGCCGCCUAUGCUCCUCCACGACGAGGGGUAACAGGCAUAAGUAAGUUAAAGUAAGUUAAGGUCGCAACAUUCACAAUUUUCAAGUUACUAAGUUGUUUCACCAACACGAUUUUCAUAAAUGAUAAUCAAAUAAAAAUUAAAUCGUUUAAAGAUCCCCAUCCCCCCUCCCAGAAAUUAAAUCGAUUCAUAUUCUUAUCUGUUGCUAAUUCUAAUGAUUCAAAAGUGUAUUUUCUCUUCAUAAUAUCGAUUGACUGAUUUGUUCCUAUAUUUUUUUUAUUUUCAUUUUUUUUGUAUCCAAGAGAAUAAAAACUUUAUGUAUUCCAAUUAUUGAUAAUAAUACUGAUAAUGAUAAAUUUACAGAGAAUUCAAGUGAGUACUCAUCAUUUCCAUUGUUCAUUUGAUAUCAUUAAUUGAAGUAUAUUGUUAACUGAAAAGUUGAAGAAAAAAAACGAGAACUCUUUGAUGAAUAUAUAUGGACGAAACAUGCAUCCUGGAUCCAACUGCUGACCACUCUUCAGCUUUGCUUGCAACGCUUAUAAAUUAAUGCAAUAUCGCUGUCAAUACACACAGUAUGUAUAAAUGCUAAUUAGAAACUGAUCAAUUACAGUUCUAAACAUCAAUGGGACUAUUUAAGUAAACAACAAUAGCAGGUGAAUUUAAACAUCACCCUAUAGCAUGAGCAAGUGUCUAUUAGAACUCAGUAAUUAAGUGGAUAGUCAGUCAGUCAGUCAGUUAUAACGUAGAACUUCAUACGUACGUACAUCAAUUCGAUUCGCCAUACCACAUUAGCACAGAGACGCAGUUGUCGAUUCAAAUCCCAUAGUAAUAGAAGUAAUAAGAGUAUAGGCAUUAAUGAAAAAGAUUAAGGUUUGAAGAUGUUAUUCAAGGAGUAUAAUCCAGUGAAAUAAAUUUGGAAAGAGAAAAGGAUAGAGAAAUGAAGAAUUCAAUUGACUUAUUAUCUCAACUAUGUAUUCUUAAUUACUAAUCCAUAAGGUUUAAAUUGUGAACAUCAUAUCAAAUCAAGUUAUAAUCGGUAUUAUGUUUAAAUACUGUUUGCUUUGUCCUAUUUUACAUUACAGAAUUCAGUGUCAUCACUUCAACUGGAACUUUGUACAAUACAGAUGAAAAGACAAUGUAAUUCAUUAUCUGCAUUAUUCAAUAAUGAAAUAUUCAUCUGAUAGGACAAAAGAACAUUUUUAUAUGUACAGUACUUUUGUAAAUAUUACUGAAAUUAGUAACCAUUAGUAGUAUGUGCUUUUCAAGUAAAUAUUACCAUGAUCUGCAGAUCAUUUUUGAAAGACUUAAUUACUUGCUUACGCCUGUUAAAUCCAAAUGGAGCAUUUUCCAACACACUCUGUCCUGAACCGUCCUUUCUAGUUCUAUCCAGUUAUUGUUCAUUUCUUCUCUUAUCUGUAUCCAUUUCUCGGCGAAAUAUGUUCUUUGGUCUUGCUCUUCUCCUUUGGCCUGUAGAUAGCGUCGAGUCUCGUUUGACUAUGAUUACCACUACAAUAAGAUUAUGCACUCGAAAAUGACUUGGUUACUCCGACAACUCGCAAACCAGAAGACUGUAACUGGUCCAGAUAGAGUAUAUUUAUUGGCGAACUCGUGGUAUCGAAAGAAUACCGAGCAGAGAGUAACAAAGUUCGAACUCAACAAGACGGACUACCGAAUGAAAAGUGAUUUUGAUACAGUUAAACAACAACGAGUACAAUAAAACAAUCACUCGUACAAUUGGUCAUAAUAAUAAUUGUUUUCAUUAUUCCAAUCUUGUUUUCGUUGAGAAAUGCGGGUCAAUACAGGUCUUCAGGAUUCCAUGUGAGGGCUUGUGAUGCAGUAUGGUGCUUUUCUCAAUAUGUGUCCUAUCCACUUCCAGCACUUCCUGAUUUUUUCCUCGGCUGAAAUUUGGUUUGUUCUCUUCCACUGUAGCUUGUUGCUGAUAGUGUCUGGCCGACGUAUCCGACAACUGUUGAUAAACACCUGUAUUUUCUGGAUGAUGGCUUUCGUAGUUCUCCACGUUUACGCUCCAUACAGUAGAACUGUCCUUAAAUUUGUAUUGAAAAGAUUCUUCAUAUUUUAGACUGAAAGUGAAUAGACAUUCUAUCCUACUGAUAAAACGAUAUUCAGUAAUCUAUUCAAAGUACCAAUAUCAAUGACCAUUUGAUUCUUUCCCUUUCUCGGUCAUUGAAACUCAAGAUGAAAAUCAUUCUGAGUAUUUGUUUUGAAUGAUUUGAAAAUGUUCCGAAAAUUGUUUUAAAGGAUGAGAAAUGAGACUGUAAUGGGUCAAGUUUCAAUAUAUCAGGAUUCAUGCAGAAUAGUUCCUGUAAUCAGAUUCCUCAUUUUCAUAUAAGACUUCAUCUUCAUCUGACUUUCAGUAUUUUACCUUGUAUGUGAUAUGGAUUAUUUUAAAUAUCAGGGGUUACACUGAAAAGAGAUUGUAAAAGAAUCGAUUAUUUUUAGAUUGUUUCCCUUCAAAAUGUGACAUAGUUUCCACUUGUUCUAUUUACUAUACUCUUUGUUAUGUAUGAUCAUUAGUCUACUACUGAACUAUUAAUUACCGCCUU